AUGCGCAACAUGUUCCCGCGCAUCGCGACAUACGAAGAAGAACGGCCUAUGCAAGCCCCCCAUGUGGGGCCUCUGUUCGGCCCGAGGGGCUUGCCCGCACUCUCGGAGAAGACGCGCCGUAAGAGGCGCUCUGACGACGACGUGACACCGCCCCUCAGCAAAGGGGCCGUGCCAAAAGCCAAGAGAGGACGCGGCCGCCCGCCAACGACUGGACAAUAUGUCGGUCUGGCGAAGGCGCAGGCCGACCUGAAUAGAGAGAAGGAGGAGGCCCUUCGACUUCAGGCGGAGGAAGAGGUUGCCGAGGCGGCCAGGGCGGCGCGAGAGACGCGCUCUUCGCUCCUCGCGAGCCCCGCCCCCAUGGAAGAAGACAGGCCAGAGCAGACCAUCCACGCUCUGGCCCAAUGUGUUGAGACUUCGCUGGGAACGAUCUCCAUGGUCGCAGCGAAGUCGAACAACCUGAAGGGGACAUUCCAACGUCUUCUGAAGGAGGCGGUCAGUGACAUACGCACUACCGUCGCCGCUAUGAAGAACCGCGGAGCGACGGAAGAGAUACGAGCCCUCGAAGCUCAGAAUGCGCGGCUCCAACAAGAAGUGGAGUCUAUGCGCAAGGAGUUAGAGGCGCUGCGUCAAAAAGUGUCAAAGCCGGCCGAGCAGGACAUGCGCCAGCUGUUGUCUGAGGUCUCUCGUUCUAACGUAGAGACCUUCAGCAAUAUGCUGAACGCUCGGCUGGCCGGACUGGAGAGUCGGCUCCUCCCAGAGCCUCGACUGCGACCUCCGCUCGCGGCGGACAGAGCCCGGAGUGUUACCCCGGCCACCGUCGAAAGUGUAGAGGCAAUACCGGAGCAGACGCCGGGGACCCCGAAGCCAAAAGCCAAGGGGAAACCGGCCCAAAAGAAGACGCGGCAGCCCGUCGCCACAGAGGCCCCACAAGAGGCCCCUGCCGCGCCCGAGGCGCCCAAGGCCAAAAAGGGCCGAAAGAAGAAAAAGCGGCCGUCAAUGGCUGCUCAGGAGGCGACACAAGGGGGAGCGAAUACCAGCUCCCCUCGUACUGAGGCCCCGUGGACCACGGCGCUUGAGACGGCCCGGCGGGCGGUGAACAUCGCGGAGUUCGAUAUUCCGCAAGUCCGCUUCCGCCGGGCCCGAACUGGAGGGCGCCUCCUCACUAUCGCCGGCGAGGGCGCAGAGAAGAAGGCGGACGCCUUUGCCGCGAGGCUGAGGACCGUCCUGCCUCAGGAAGUGAAAGUCGGGCGGCCAGCUGCUUGCGCGGAGAUGCGCAUCGCCGGCCUUGACGACUCUGUGACGGCCGCCGAAAUCAUGGAAGCGGUCGCACUUGAAGGAGAGUGCCUGGCCGGCGAUGUCCGGACGCGCCGUAAGAGGCGCUCUGACGACGACGUGACACCGCCCCUCAGCAAAGGGGCCGUGCCAAAAGCCAAGAGAGGACGCGGCCGCCCGCCAACGACUGGACAAUAUGUCGGUCUGGCGAAGGCGCAGGCCGACCUGAAUAGAGAGAAGGAGGAGGCCCUUCGACUCCAGGCGGAGGAAGAGGUUGCCGAGGCGGCCAGGGCGGCGCGAGAGACGCGCUCUUCGCUCCUCGCGAGCCCCGCCCCCAUGGAAGAAGACAGGCCAGAGCAGACCAUCCACGCUCUGGCCCAAUGUGUUGAGACUUCGCUGGGAACGAUCUCCAUGGUCGCAGCGAAGUCGAACAACCUGAAGGGGACAUUCCAACGUCUUCUGAAGGAGGCGGUCAGUGACAUACGCACUACCGUCGCCGCUAUGAAGAACCGCGGAGCGACGGAAGAGAUACGAGCCCUCGAAGCUCAGAAUGCGCGGCUCCAACAAGAAGUGGAGUCUAUGCGCAAGGAGUUAGAGGCGCUGCGUCAAAAAGUGUCAAAGCCGGCCGAGCAGGACAUGCGCCAGCUGUUGUCUGAGGUCUCUCGUUCUAACGUAGAGACCUUCAGCAAUAUGCUGAACGCUCGGCUGGCCGGACUGGAGAGUCGGCUCCUCCCAGAGCCUCGACUGCGACCUCCGCUCGCGGCGGACAGAGCCCGGAGUGUUACCCCGGCCACCGUCGAAAGUGUAGAGGCAAUACCGGAGCAGACGCCGGGGACCCCGAAGCCAAAAGCCAAGGGGAAACCGGCCCAAAAGAAGACGCGGCAGCCCGUCGCCACAGAGGCCCCACAAGAGGCCCCUGCCGCGCCCGAGGCGCCCAAGGCCAAAAAGGGCCGAAAGAAGAAAAAGCGGCCGUCAAUGGCUGCUCAGGAGGCGACACAAGGGGGAGCGAAUACCAGCUCCCCUCGUACUGAGGCCCCGUGGACCACGGCGCUUGAGACGGCCCGGCGGGCGGUGAACAUCGCGGAGUUCGAUAUUCCGCAAGUCCGCUUCCGCCGGGCCCGAACUGGAGGGCGCCUCCUCACUAUCGCCGGCGAGGGCGCAGAGAAGAAGGCGGACGCCUUUGCCGCGAGGCUGAGGACCGUCCUGCCUCAGGAAGUGAAAGUCGGGCGGCCAGCUGCUUGCGCGGAGAUGCGCAUCGCCGGCCUUGACGACUCUGUGACGGCCGCCGAAAUCAUGGAAGCGGUCGCACUUGAAGGAGAGUGCCUGGCCGGCGAUGUCCGGCCGGGGCACAAGGCGGCGGAGUGCGGGGCAGCGGAGCCGAACUGCUCCCUGUGCGAGGCCGCUGGCAGAGUUGAAAGGGGGCACGAGCUGGGCAGAUGUCCAUCUGCCAAAAAGCCGGCCCCCGGAGAAGACAAGGCGCCGACCAAAAAAGCCCGACAGAAGUCGAGGCCAAGGGGCGCGCGGGCCCCGCUCGCUCCCGCCCGAAUGGAGACGGACGCCUAG